CAAUUACACUCCAAUUAAUAUAUCCGGUAUAAACAUCAAGCAUGAAGUCCAAGGGCGUAGCAAUAAAUAUUUUUAUCAAACAAAUGAAUUUAAAACCUCUCAAAAACAUAAAAUUUACUUUUGAUCCAUAUCAUAAAGGAGUUCGUUCGAUACGAGAGAUGAUGUGCAUUAUAAAUUCACCAAAGUUGAUAGAUACAAAUCAAAACUUAACAACAAAAGUCGACAUCAAAAGUGACAGGACCAGUCCACAAAUGCAGCUAAAUUUUGCUGAUGGUCAUACAGUGAUAUUUAAAACUGAACAUUUAAGUACAUUGACAAUUGCCCAGAAAUUUGCCAAACUUUGUCAAGAUCGAGUAGAAACUGUCACAGCAGGAGAGUCAGCAAUUUUUGCAGCUUCUAAACCAGGAAAGAUGGGAAAGAAGAAAUAGUGUUUUUUAUGUGACAAAUUUUGUUUGUGAAUUUUUUUCCUUUUUGUAAUGAAUGAUGCAUUUAGUUAGUUUGCUGAUUUGAAGGGAAUUAAAGGAAGAGGUAUAGA